AAUGUAAUUUUUCUCUGCGCAGUGAAUGAGUGGAAUAAACGUAAAAAAUAUAAACAACACUUAUUAUAAGUAAUAAUAAACAAUAUUAUUACUUAAUUAGGAUUAGUUAUUGAAAUGUUUUAGUUAUCUCAUUUAAUUCAAUGUUUCCCAAGUAGGUAUAGGGAUAAUUUUUAGCGUAGCGUGGCGGUAAUUAACUGGUUAUAAAAUGAAUACAAGUCUGUUUAAAAAUAGUCGUGCUAUUUCUAGCUGCAGACUCUCAUCAGCCAAAUCCGAACGAGAUAUCCGCAUAAGAAACGUCUCUAACCUAACGAAGCAAGAAUUGGAAGACAACAACUACAAGUUACUGGAGACGAACUUAGAACUGAAGAAAACGAUAAACGACCAGCAAAACAAAAUAAAAGUACUAACAACAAAACUGCUCAGGAUCACAGCAAUUCAGAAAAACAAUUUGAAGAAAGAGCAAAAAGAAUGUUGUGCUUCCUACAAGUCUAUUAUUGAAGAACAGAAUAAUGUUAUUGAAGACUUGAAGCUGACCAACAGUGGAUUAACUGCAAAAGUUCGUGCACUAAAUGUGCGGGUGUGCUCCAACAAGCAGUUCUCUGCGGGGGGAAACUUCCACCACUGCUCGCUGUGUGCGGCGCACCCUGCCAGCCCUUACUCCGUCAAGCUUCAUAGGUCAACUGCUGCUCUAUCAAUAAAUAGUGCCAGAAGUGAUUUUAAAAUUAGGAAGAAAAAUUAUUCGCAGAUUGAUUUAAAAGAUAAUGACAGUUUAUGCAAUGAAAAUAAAUGCAAAACACUUAUAGAAGAAUUGCAACAGAAUAAAAUAGAACUAAUGCAGAAAUUACAAAUCACUGAAGCAAAGUUCAGUGCUGAAAUAAGUGAACUGGAAUCAGAAAUAACGAGACUUAAAACUGAUAAUGCACAAGCGCGUGCAGACCUCCGUAUAAUAGAAGAUGACUACAAAAGUGCAAAAAUGCGCAAUAAGGAAAUGUAUGAAAAAACCAGUAAAACCGAGGCUUUAUGCUGUGAAUUAAAAUAUCAAUUGGCAAUUGAGAAAAAGAAAGUAUCUGAGCUCGAAACAGAAGUUAAAGUUGCCGUAUUUUCUAGUGACGUCGCAAAAACAAUUGAAAAACAUCUCUGUAAUCGUAAUCAAAGCGUUUCCACUGCAUCUCCAAAUCAAUCGCCAUCUUUAAAGCACAGGUUAUCUGUUAGUGAUAAGAGUACUUCAAUGAUGAAUCUAGAUCUUAAGGAUAUUAAAGUAAACAAUGAUGAUUCAGGCUUUGCUGAUCCUGACGUUGAUGAGCAGAUCCAUACAAAUAAAGAACUUCAAAAAACUAUAACUGCUCUACAAACAGAAAUGGAUGAGUUGAAGUUAUCUUUAACAAAAUGUAAUUGUAAAAGCAAGAAUACAAUUGUUACUUGUGAGGAAGCCCGUAACACAUCCAAUGAACACUUGAAUAUGACUGAUGGUAACGGAAGUAAUGAUAGAAUAAGUAGACCAAACGUAUCGAAAAACAGUGCAGGAGAUUCUUUCAAACCACGAACUGCGAGCCACAUACCAAUUGCGAUUCCUAUUCCUGCUAAAAGAAAAAUAAAUGAUACUAAAAUGACGAACGUCAAAUCAUCUGUAGACAAAGAAAAUAUAUCUGAAAGUAAAGAAAAAUAUGAAAGUGUGAUGCAAAAAGAUGAAAACAAAGAGAUAGGUAACGAGAGAGGUGUUGAUGAAUAUGAUAGACCAAAUACAAAGAAAAUAAAUAAAACUAACAAUAAACGACAUGAUAACUCUACCAGUAAGAAAAUCAACGGAGAGAACAUGUAUAUUCAUGAAACAAAUCUAAAUCCUGAUGAAGAAAAAGAUGAUCCUCCUAAAACUUUCACAGUUUCUUACAAAGGAAAAGAAUGCCAUACGUCUCCCGAUGACACUGAAUAUGAGAUAUCGUCCAUAUCUGAUUCUCCAAGAAAUAUCUUAUCUCCAGGUGAAAAGAAGUUCAGCAUGACUCAUAGCACUUCCUACACAGCCUCCGACACCUGGGACCUGGCUUGUUUGAGCGAGGGUGAACUACCUCAUACUAUCAGAGGCAGACAUUUGUCUAUAGGUGAAAAUCCCGCAGUUAGCUACACGUCUAAAAAGGACAUCGACCAUGAGGAUGUCAAGAUAGAAGAUACUCUAAAAGAGAUAUCACAGGAACUGGAAAGAUGCAAGCAUCUCCUACGACUGACUCCAUCAUAAAAUGUAUCAUGGUAAA